AUGCCAGUAGAGACGAGUAAGAAAAAAUUUGCCAUAUAUAAUCAUUUAGAUGUUGGACCAGCAUUUGGUGAAGGAUGGAAUUUAGGUAUUCAAAGUAAUAACAUGACAGCAAGACAAAUGGUAUUAAGAUUUCUAGAAUUGUCAAUUUGGGAAUUAAAUCUAUCUAAAUAUAUCAGAUAUGGUAGCAUUGAUGGCAAGUCAAACUUGAUUGCUUAUUCAGAAGGCUGGCUUCAUCAGCUACAUAAUACUCCAUCUCUUUAA